CCGGGACCCUGGCGGCCAGCGAGGGCAGAUGGAAGAGUAUGAGGAAGAGCCCUCUCGGGGGUGGUGGCGGCUCGGGAGCUUCCAGUCAGGCCGCCUGCCUCAAACAGAUCCUUCUGCUGCAAUUGGACCUCAUCGAACAGCAGCAGCAGCAGCUGCAGGCCAAGGAAAAGGAGAUCGAGGAGCUGAAGUCAGAGAGAGACACGCUCCUUGCUCGGAUUGAACGUAUGGAAAGGCGGAUGCAGCUGGUAAAGAAGGAUAACGAGAAAGAAAGGCACAAGCUGUUUCAGGGCUAUGAAACUGAAGAGAGAGAGGAAACAGAGCUAUCUGAGAAAAUUAAACUGGAGUGCCAGCCGGAGCUUUCUGAGACAUCCCAGACUCUGCCUCCCAAGCCUUUCUCAUGUGGGCGGAGUGGAAAGGGACAUAAAAGGAAAUCCCCAUUUGGAAGUACAGAAAGAAAGACUCCUGUUAAAAAGCUGGCUCCUGAAUUUUCAAAAGUCAAAACAAAAACUCCUAAGCACUCUCCUAUUAAAGAGGAACCCUGUGGUUCCUUAUCUGAAACUGUUUGUAAACGUGAAUUGAGGAGCCAAGAAACCCCAGAAAAGCCCCGGUCUUCAGUGGACACCCCACCAAGACUCUCCACUCCCCAAAAGGGACCCAGCACCCAUCCCAAGGAGAAAGCCUUCUCAAGUGAGAUAGAAGAUUUGCCGUACCUUUCCACCACAGAAAUGUAUUUGUGUCGUUGGCACCAGCCUCCCCCAUCACCGUUACCAUUACGGGAAUCCUCUCCAAAGAAGGAGGAGACUGUAGCAAGGUGUCUGAUGCCAUCAAGUGUUGCAGGAGAAACUUCAGUCUUGGCUGUUCCUUCUUGGAGGGACCACUCAGUAGAGCCUCUAAGGGACCCAAAUCCUUCAGACCUUUUGGAGAACCUGGAUGACAGUGUGUUUUCGAAGCGGCAUGCAAAACUGGAGCUGGAUGAGAAGAGAAGGAAAAGAUGGGAUAUUCAGAGGAUCAGGGAACAAAGAAUUUUACAGCGACUGCAGCUCAGAAUGUAUAAAAAGAAAGGAAUUCAGGAAUCUGAGCCUGAGGUUACCUCAUUUUUCCCUGAGCCAGAUGAUGUUGAAAGUUUGAUGAUUACCCCCUUCUUGCCUGUUGUAGCAUUUGGACGACCAUUACCAAAAUUAACUCCACAGAAUUUUGAGCUACCCUGGUUGGAUGAGCGUAGCCGAUGCAGGUUGGAGAUCCAGAAGAAGCAAACACCUCACCGGACGUGUAGGAAAUAGCUGUGCUGGCAAGAACCUUGUCUUCAGAUAGUUGUAGCAUGCCAUUCCAGAGAGUGGCAGAGACCUGUAUAUGUGACCUUUGUCCUCACAUAUGUUAUCACUCGCUGAUAAUACCCUUUCAUACUCCCUUGACUUUGUUUUCAUCACUCUGAUUUCACAAAAACUCUUCCAUUUGGCUAUUUGUGAGUUAUGGAGGGUGAUUGGGAUUUCUUUUCCCUUUUUUGGGAAAUGGGCUCUCAAGCUAAAGCUAUAGGCUGGCAGAUUCAGAAGUUUCAGGGGUCUGUUUCUAUACAUUUGCCUAUGUUAAAGGGGUAAAAGGGCUCUCUUCAUUAGACAUGUGGAAGAUGAAGCAACCCCUUCCUUUAGAACUGUGCCUGCAUGGCACUCUUCUCACCCUGGUACACCCUCCUUAUAGUGGGUAUAGUGAUUUUUAACCCUAAAACAAAACAAACAACCUCACCAUGAGCUUUAGGACCAGAUGAGGAAUGACAAGUGAAGCGAUGAAGCAAGCCAUCUUCACAGAGUAUAAAAGACAUCGGAGAGUUGGUAGAUAACUGUGAAGAUAGUUGUUCUCUUAAAACUAUUCUGUGAUACAGUCAUGUGGAAAGGGAUGUUUGGCUGUGAUUGUUUUCUCAGUUAAUGGGUAACUGAAUUUCUUUACCCCUCAAAAAACAAAAUAUUUGGAAAAGAAAGUGGGGAUGGUUAGUUUCAGAACAAGUUACAGCUGUAAACAAAAGCAGUUAGCAUUUGGGAUGGCAUGCCAAAACCUGUAUAGAUGUCCUUGUAUCACAUCACUUCUCAAGUAUUCCUUCAUUGGGCUUCAUCCUUUUAGCUGGGCUCUUGGUGGUGGGAUAGAGACUUAAGGAGGGUAGAGGGAGAGUGUGGAAAUAGGUGCUUCCUUUGGCUGGCAAAUGUCUACAUCUUGAAACAAACAGAUGUACCUAAUGAGCUUCUCCAUUCACUUUGUAAAAAUAAGAUUUGUAUGUGUACCAUCUUGGUCCUCUCCCCUCCCCCAUUUUGUUAAACUAUCAGGAUAGCACUCCCAGGCCACUUUGGUCUCAGUGUAAGAUCCCUAUUAACUAUCUGAAAGGAAAAUAGAGCCAAGACCUCUGGUCUCAAAUAUAUAGGAAUUGCCUUUCUUUAGUCUUCAGGACUAUUGUGUGAAAACAAGUAGGGGUCUAAUCUCCUAGAAGGUAGGGGCUUUUAUCCUUAAAGAGAAUAUGUCCCCAGAUUAUUAGCACUUUUAGAGGAGAAGCCAAGGUAUGUAGGGUGUGUGGCUGGCCCAUCAGUGGAGCACGAGAGAGAAUGGGAUACCAUUGUGAGAAGAGAAGAAAAGUUCCUCAGGGGCCUCCCACUGCUAAAGCUUUUUGUGAGAUGUUGAUCUGUGCUUCCCGGAUUUGACUUUUAAAGGAAUUAUUCUGGCAGCACAUGUAGUAUUCUUGGAUGAUCUUGCUGCUCUUAUUUCUCCUUUUGUGUGUGUGUGUGUGUGGCUAUGGGUUUUCAUUUGUAACUCCAUCUGCUUAGGAGAGUGGGCUCUCUAUAAGGGAACCUGCUGUAAACUUCAUUGCAGCAAGGAUGUAGAGAGAAAUAGGACUUAAUUCCACUAGGGGCUCUCAUCUCACACCUUAAGGAGAAGGAGAUUUCUAGAAAAACUGGGCCAGAUUUUCUUUGUUCUCCAUCAUUUUAAUGUGGCAGGAUGUUCAAUUUUUCUUACUCUUACCUAUGUUAUAUUUCUUCAUAACGUGUCCAAAAAGAAGAAAGACGCAAUCAGUGUCUCUUAACUUUGUUCUUUGAUCCCUCUCAGUUUCUUCUUGAUUUCAGCAUGUGUCAGAUUCCUAAUUUUGGAUAUGAGUUAGCAAAUUUAACCAUUAUGUUUGUGCCCUACCCAGGGGACUCCCCAGUUUCUGACUUGAAGUAGACUGAGAAGAAUCCACGAGGUGCUAUUUGGCCAGACUUAAGUAGAUUCUAUUUCCUUGGUUCUCCCUCUCCCUGAGGACCUCUUAUUUUAUUGUCCCGUCUUCUAGGUUAAUUCUCCUUUGAUUUGACUUUGUUGAGAAGGAGGUUGGAGAGUAGAUUAGCAAAGUUCCAAGUGCAAAAUUACAGUGUGUUAGAGUGUGGGGGGAAAAUUAGUCUUAUUUUUCCCUACAUGGGAUACAACACUGUGAAUUCAAUCUUCAACUGAAGGCCCUGCAGUUCUCCUAAAACAUAGUUGUUUGUUUUUCUUUAACAAAGUUUAAGCUAGUGUUAAUAAAUUAAAAAAAAAUUGCUUGUCUGUCUACUUCAGCUUUGUUUUAUGCCCAUUUCAUAUUGUUGUCUGUGUUGUAAUUCAUAACUUUUGAUACCAUUUCUGAUGUGUAAAAUUGGUUGUCUUGUAAAUAUCUUAUAAAGAGUUCAAUUGUAAAUAAACUAUUGUGGCUGUUAA